UAUGGCGGAUAAUUUGAACGACACCGGUCGUGAUAAAGUAGUCUCUAAAGGGUUGGCGAAAAGGAAAUACCUGCUUGUAGAUAACGAUUUGGAAGGAUUAGAGUUUACAUUAAAGGAUAACCCCGUCAAUAAAAGUUAUGCUCCCAUGAAAAUAUUUAAACGGUCCGAGGUAGAGUCCGUCGCUAUUUCGAAAUGGGGAAGUAUGGAAAAACUGGAAAAUGAGCUGGAAAAGAGAAGGCGACAGAACUCAAAGUUAGAGGAAAGAAAAGAGGAAGAAAAAAGACAUUUUUGGGAGAGAGAGGAGUUAUUUGAACCUCUUAAACCAUUCAUGGAGAAUAUAGAGCUGCCAUCUGAGAGGGUGUCGCCAUAUUUUAGAGAAAAACGAGAUAGACCACAAGCUAGUGAAAGUAUUGAAAGUCUCCUUGAGUGUGAUGUGAUCCUGUGCUUUUGUGACUGCCUGCACAGCAUCCCACCUGAUUUUGUGGCUCGUCAACUAUUCAAAAACUUUCCAGAAGCCAGACUAGUGGACAAAAAGACACCCUAUAAUGAGAGACGGAAAAUGGGGCAUUUUUCCUGGACCUCUAGUGCAUCAUCUGAAAAAAUAAUAGUCAAUUUAUAUGUAGUGCAUAAGUGGAAGGGUGCUCCUCAAAGACAAGAAUCUUCAUCAUUGAUGAGUUUUGACGCUCUUGCUAUCUGUCUCAAAAGGCUCUCGGCUUUGCUCUCCAAGACACUGCAAACUGAUGGGCGGCUGAGUAACAGUUUAAACAUUGGAACUUACUUGCCAUACAGAGUGGACUCUGAAAUGUGUAAGGUCUUUGUGGAAAUGUAGAUGCAAUCUGAAUUGAGAGCAUGUCAAAAGAGCUCUAGAAGAAAAUAUGGAAUAUCCUGUGAGGGUGUAUGCCAACACAACCAAAGACUCAUCCUCAAAAUGAUCAGCUGCAGAGAGAAUUCUGAUACAACAAUGUGUCAUAAAAUGAAGAGGAGGAACACUUUACCAAAAGUGAAAAACUUAUACCAUAUAUGAGGUCGAGAAUGGAUAUUUUGAGAGGUUUUAAAUGGCCUGUUUUCCCUCAUAACAGAUCAUUAGGAGCACUGCAGCAAUUGAUAAUGAAAUGAGUGGUUUUGUUGUUGUCUUAAAGAAAAUACUAAUAGUUUUCUGAACAGCAAAAGAUUAUGAGACUUUUAAUCAGUGACAGUUGAUAUUUUUACCGAAAUAAAAAGGAAAAGAGAAGAGUUAUCAGUAGUUUAAACAUCAAUACAAUUGAAGGACUUGGCUUUGUUUGUUCUCUUGUUGGUUUUUCCGAUGAACAGCCAGACAGGUCUUAUUUAAUCUGGCAACAUCUCUCUUGUGUGUUCAUUAAAUUGACAUUUUUCUCGG